AUGAAUCCCCGGGCCACCGCGGAACAGCAGGCCCAACGAAAGAAGCUCGCCAACUCGUACAAGCAGCUUCUCGAUGAAUUUGCGGCUGCGGAUCUCAAGAGCGUCGGCAACUACACGCUGGGCAGGCUGAUCGGCAAGGGCAGCUUUGGCAAAGUCUACCUUGCCUCGCACAAGCUCAGCAACGGCCGCAAGGUCGUGCUCAAAUCGGCCAAGAAGGACGAUGCCAACCUCGCGCGCGAGAUCCACCACCACCGCCAGUUCAUCCACCCGCACAUUGCGCGCCUGUACGAGGUCAUCGUCACUGAGGAGCUGGUCUGGCUGGCUCUCGAGUACUGCCCCGGCGAUGAGCUCUACAACUACCUGCUGCAGAAGGGCGCCCUCGAGCCCCCCAAGGUCCAGCGCAUAUUCACCCAGCUCGUCGGCGCCGUCUCCUACGUCCACAACAAGUCCUGCGUCCACCGCGACCUGAAGCUCGAGAACAUACUGUUGGACAAGCACGGCGAUGUGAAGCUGGUGGAUUUUGGGUUCACGCGCGAGUAUGAGGGCAAAAGCAACUACCUGCAGACAUGGUGUGGCACCGUGUGCUACAGCGCGCCCGAAAUGCUCAAGGGCGAAAAGUACGCGGGCGAAAAGGUGGACGUGUGGAGCCUGGGCAUCAUUCUCUACGCCCUCCUGGUGGGCGAGCUGCCGUUUGACGACGACGACGAGAUGGUCACCAAGAUGAAGAUACUGAAAGAGGAGGCCAGCUAUCCGGACAGUUUCCCUCCGCAAGCGCGGGAGCUCUGCCAGUCGCUGCUCUCGAAACGACCGAUUUUGCGACCGACGCUGGCCGAAGUUCUCCAAAACCCGUGGCUGUCAGAAUACGCACCACGCCAGCAGGAAAUCCUGAAGCUGCAACAGCCCGCGCCUUUCUCGACGGAGCUGGAGAAGGAGGUCCUACAGCGUAUGCGAGCGGCUGGCGUGGACAUCGACAUGGUCAUCGAAAACGUGCUGGCGCAACGCUGUGACUCCCUAGCAGGGUGGUGGGCCUUGUUGCUGGAGAAGGAGGAGCGCAAGGCCAGGAGAAGAGAAGGCAAGCGAAGAGAGCGCGAGGCUGAGGCGAAGAGCUUGAGAAGGUUGAGCGCGGCUAGCAGUCGACUCGACAAACUCGCGCCCACAAUCAGAGAAACAGAUGAGGAAGGUCAGCAUUACCCAGUCCUAGGCGAUCCUCCCAAGAGUCGGGGAAGGUCGAUCAACCGCCGGAGCACGCAUGGUAACUAUGUGAGCCUGCCGAGUGAUGUGCCUGUAUUGACCAGUGGAUCAGGCGCGCCGCCCGUCCCAGACCUGCCGGACCUUCCAGAGUCAAGUUCGAGUCCCAACUUUGUCGUCGAGCGGCCUCCGCCACCUCUCGAGAAAGACUUCGGCCGGCAAUCAAAUUCAUCUUCUCGCCCUCCACCACCAGCGAAGGAUCUCGAGAGACACAAGCGGAGAUCACACAGUAGCAUGCUGCAAGUUGUGGGCGCUAAUCCUGACCUUCUUCACCCCAAUGGCUUCGUUCCCAAACGCCGCCGCAAGCAACCUUUUAUCAACCACCUCUUGUCACUCCGCAACUGGAUCAAAGAAACGUCCAAGCGCGCACGCUCUCCAAACUCGAAAGCCAGCAGCGAAAAGUCUCCCAAGAUCCCCGAAAGCACGCGAUCCCAGGGUGAAUCGCGAAGUGGCCGCCGUGCCAGCAAUGCAAACCGCAGCUCAGUGUAUACACACCCGCCUCCAUCGACACAAAACGUGCCUAUCCGCCCGCGCGUAACAACCCACGGCUCCGGCUCGAUACGCAGACUGUCCGCCUCGCCUGCGCCCUUGACACCACGCUCCUCCUACCGGCGCUCCUCCGGCGGCCUUCGGGGACGCAAAUCAACAUCCUCCUCUGUAUCAAGCAUUCGGUCCAUGCCGCACCACCACCACACACACAGCAAAGCUUCCUCCACCUCCAGCGCUUCCAUUGCCUCGCCCAGUGUAUCGACCAUCAGCGGCCACAUCAGCUCGCACAAAACAAAGAGUCCGCACAACAGCAUCAAGGUCCUACCAGCAACGCCCGUAUCCUCCACCUUCCCGUCCAACAUCCGACUCGUGCGAGCUGGGGCUCCUCCAUUAGGAAUCAGCACUCUCAACGAAGGCGGCGCUGCAUUCGGCACCGCACCACCUCCCUCCCCAGGCCUCAUCUUCGCAAAGCGCAAACGCUCGCCCUUCAAGGGCCCGAACCUAGGGCAGCCCAGCAACACAGCGAGCCCAUGGCGGAGUCGCAGCGGAGGAGAUGCGGGGAGCAGGGGUGCAAGCGUGCAGGGCCGGCGCAGCGGGGAGAUCAUGGGCAUCACCGAGGAGGAGGAGGAGGAGGAGGAGGAGGAGGAAGACGAGGACAUUGAAGAGGUGGAUGAUUUCAGCCCGGGGCUCAAGCCGGGCGAGUUCAUUGUCCAGGUCAACGAUGAUGGGGAGGAGACGGAGAGGCCGCCGCCUACACCGCCGAAGACGUGA